AAAAAUGCUUUUACAUGCCAUGAACCGUUGAACCUUUGCCCAAAUCUCUAACAUGAAAAUUGCAAGUUCAACUGUGUUUAGCCUCUUAUGCUCUGCAAAUUCCAUUUUAUAAAGCAGCUGUGUUUCCCUCCAACCCCUUAUUCAUUUGUCACUCAAUGCACCCAUUCAUGGAGCAGACUCAGAGCUUCUGUGCCAAUUCCUCAUGAAACCCAUUUCAGGGAUCCUCACACUGUUCAUUUGUUUUGUGCCAAUGCCCUCAAAGUUUCUUCCAAAAGGGCCUUUCUUCCUGAAGGAAAACAAUUACAUGCCCACUUGAUAAAGUUUGGAUUUUGUCAUGUUCUGUCCUUGCAAAAUCAGAUUUUGAGUGUUUAUCUUAAAUGCAAGGAAAUUGAAGAUGCAGAGAAACUGUUUGAGGAAUUGCCUGUCAGAAAUGUGGUGUCAUGGAAUAUUCUAAUUCGUGGUGUUGGUGGAUGUGGUAAUGGAAGUGACUUGAAUUCACAACUGGGUUUGUCUUAUUUCAAAAGGAUGUUGUUGGAAAUGGUGGUUCCAGAUGGUACAACUUUUAAUGCUCUCAUUGGUGGCUGUGCUAAGUUUCAUGACAUUGAUUUGGGUAUCCAAUUGCAUUGCUUUGUAGUGAAACUGGGAUUUGAGUUGGAUUGUUUUGUUGGAAGCGCUCUGGUUGAUUUAUAUGCAAAAUGUGGUUUAGUUGAGAAUGCAUGGAGAGUUUUUUAUGUUGUUCCAAGUAGAGAUUUGGUUAUGUGGAAUGUGAUGAUUUCUUGCUUUGUCUUGAAUUGUUUACCAGAAGAGGCGUUUAGCUUGUUCAGCUGGAUGCGGUUGGAUGGUGCAAAUGGGGACGAGUUCACUUUUAGCAGCCUGCUUAGUACAUGUGAUACUUUGGAAUAUUAUGACUUUGGAAAGCAGGUUCAUAGUCUUAUUCUUAGACAGUCAUAUGAUUCAGAUGUUUUAGUGGCUAGUACAUUGAUCAAUAUGUAUGCGAAAAACGAAAAUAUAAUUGACGCGCGUAGAGUAUUUGAUAGGAUGGUGAUUCGAAAUGUGGUGGCAUGGAACACCAUAAUUGUUGGGUGUGGGAAUUACGGAGACGGAAAUGAGGUUAUGAAACUUCUCAGAGAGAUGCUUCGCGAAGGGUUUUUCCCUGAUGAACUGACUAUUUCCAGCACUCUUAGUUCAUGUGGCUAUGCCUCAGCUGUUACUGAAAUAAUGCAAGCUCAUGCUCUUGCAGUUAAAUUAUCAUUUCAAGAAUUUUUAUCUGUUGCUAAUUCUUUGAUUAGUGCGUACUCCAAGUGUGGUAGUAUCACUAGUGCAUGUAAGUGCUUCAGCUUAGCAUCAGAUCCUGAUCUUGUUACAUGGACUUCAUUGAUAAAUGCAUAUGCAUUUCACGGUCUUGCCUUGGAAGCAAUUGAGAUGUUUGAUAAGAUGCUAUCUUAUGGCAUAAUACCAGAUCAAAUUUCUUUUCUUGGCGUCCUCUCUGCUUGUGUCCAUGGCGGGCUCGUCACAAGGGGUCUUCACUACUUUAGCUUAAUGACCAAUGUGUAUCAGAUUGUUCCUGAUUCAGAGCACAAUACUUGCCUUGUUGACCUUCUUGGACGAUAUGGUCUUAUAAAUGAGGCUUUUAAAUUCAUGAGGUCAAUGCCAAUGGAAGCUGAAUCAAAUACUUUGGCAGCAUUUAUUGGUUCUUGCAAUCUCCAUGCAAAUAUAGAACUGGCUAAAUGGGCUGCAGAAAAGCUCUUCAUCAUAGAGCCAGAGAAGAAUGUAAACUAUGCAGUUUUGUCUAACAUUUAUGCAUCCCAUAGACAUUGGUAUGAUGUGGAAAGAGUUCGAAAAAUGAUGGAGCAUAAGGGUGAUGCAAGAGUCCCUGGUUGCAGCUGGAUAGAGAUUGCUAAUCAAGUUCAUUCAUUUGUAUCCAAUGAUAAGGCACACCCUAAAGCAUUAGAAAUUUAUGCCACAUUAAAAAUGCUUCUUAGACCAAUGAAUGAGAAAAUAUUGUAUGAAUUUGUAAAGAAUGCAUGAGACCAUCAUCUACAUAAUGAUUUAUAUGCAUGGAUUA